UACACAAUCAGAAGUUUUGUUCCAUCUUUUCUUUUAUCUUUUUGUUUAAUUAUUAAGUAUAUUCUGUUGUAUAUAGACUAAGUCUGUUUUUUUCUUUCUUUUUUGUUUUGUUUGUUUGACAGAUUCAAAGCAGAAUAAAUACAAUGGUAAAAAAAACUAUUGAGAAUACAAUCUCAGCACAGGGUCCAUUUAGUAGCUGUUUUGUAGCUUUCGAUCAUAGCACAUGAUCUUCAUCAGCAGAUGGAGUUUGUUAAGUUGUUAUCGAAUUGUAGAUGUCUCGCCCGUGUUGGCUUAAAAGCCUGAGGGCCAAAGUUCAUUCUUGUACUUGGAAACAGCAGUUGUGAAAGAAGUCUCACCACAGGGUCCAUUUAGUAGCAAUUUUCCAGCUUUUCAUCAUAUAACUUGAGCUUUAUCAGCAUGCCUCACAGCUUCAAGCCGUUUAAACAGGCACUAAAUCAUUCAGAACUGACAAGGGCGAGCAAGAGCACAGCGCCAAAUCAAUCCAUUUUUCAAAAAUAUGAUCCAUCAUGAUGGUUGUUUAAGCUGCACAUGACUAAGCCUGUAUCCUUUAGGUUUAGCAGAAGGGAGCAUGCCUUUUCAAAUCUUUAUUGAAAAUUUCCUAUCAUAAUUCUGUCCUCUGUUGAUGCCAGGAGGUAAAUUCAGCUUUCAAGAUCAUGUGCCUGUUACAUAACAGCAGCUGCUAGGGAUUAGCUGCCUUGCUCAACAGCACUUGGAGGUUUGAAAUCGGCUGUGGAAUGGGCACUUCAGAUUUGGCAGACUGUCCUGACCCUCCCCCUUAUACAUUUGAUAUUGUUAUACAUUUGAUACAUUGCAUGAGCAGCCGCAUGUUAUACAUUUUGCAACUGGAAAAGUAAAGGCCUUAAAAAUAGGUUCUGGGGUCCCUGCAAGAUGGGGCCUCAAGAUUAGGUCAUAAUCGGGUUUUACCAUAAGGCCCUUAUCACUUCAGUUUAUCUUGUGCUUAAGUGGUGCAUACAGUAUUAAUACACAAUUCUGCAAUCAAUCAAAUUACCAAGAGGUAGCUGUUACACUGUGAACCUGGAGCCUUUGGGCCCCUUAAGGGUCUGGGGCAGUUGCCUGCUUUGCCCAGGUGGUAAUCCACUUUCUCAGGGUGGACUGUCUAUAAAAAAUCUCUUUAUAUUUAUUCCUCCCUGUUGCCUGAGAUGUGUCUCAGUGAUUCCUCAAAGUGUGUGUGCAACAACCUGGACUGUAUCUCGCGCAGCAGUGCAUCAGCCUGUCAGCCUCCAGCACCUUGGACAGCGCAGCAGCCUGCGCAGCCGAGCCCGGACUGGAGCGCUGAUGUCCCGCUGCUGCCGGAAUGUGCAAAGCACUAAUGUGACCGUCUGAGUCUAAGUAAACCCUCUCUGUCCACAUGAUGAGUAGGAGUGGUCACUGUGGGAGGGGUCGCGCGGUGUGAAGACUGCGGGAUGCAGUCAGUGCCCCCCCCUCCAGCAGAUUGUUCCCUAAGAGAAAGCGGCCAAGAGUAGGCAGAUACUCAGGCCAGAAUCUGGUUGAUUCGUGACACUUGGAAAAAGAGAACAACGCAGAGACAGGAGGAGCAACGCCCACCGAUUAGAGUCUGGAGUGUGUGGAGACAUAAAAUGUGGAGCUUUCAAAAUACGAGCAGUUCGUGACACGCAUGGUUAAGUCAGCGGCCCCCGCACUACGAAGGAAAACACAUGUUUUCUACUUUUUUUUCAAAAAGCAGUUCAAACUGAUGAGCAGACAGUAUGGGAGAGGAGGUUUGGGUGUGCGCCAACGGAGCGUGAGUGCCACGGAGCGCGCUGGAGCCUUUUAGGAACUGGGUUUAUUUGAGCUCUAAAGUAUCUUCUUUCUCACGCGCUCCGUCUUCCACACCCCCCUAAAAAAAAAAAAAAGAUAUACAUUCGGAGAAACUCUUCUUUGAGAUGGAACCUGUUGGGUGCUUGGACCGUUUUUUUUUUUUACUCCUAUAACAAGUGGUGAGUUGAUCCAGGAACAAAUGUUUGAUGGGAUGAUCUGCGCACGGUGAGACUAACAUUUCCCAACUUCGUGUUCCUCUGCGAUACUCCGUGACCCUCCCGUCUUAUCGACGACUCAGCACAUUUCUGAUGAGGAUGUCCGCUGUUUGCGAGGAAGAUUUAAGGAUUUCACAGAUAUGGGGUUUUUGGGGGAAUGGCUGCUAAAAAUAGCCUGAAUGCUGAUGAGGUUACAAUGAGCAGGUUGGUGUUAAGCUGAAACUUAGAGCCAUGCGGAAAGAUGCUCAGUUAUAGGACAUUUUUAAUCACAUCACAGACAAAGUAAGAGUGGGGCAUCAAAGAAAAGAAAGAAAAAGCACCCAUCAACGCUCGUUUAUUUGGUUGGAAGAAUUUAUUCAGAUCAGUAUAGUUCACUUCUGGAGAGCAGAGACCAACAGGCUUUCUUGGAAGCAGCUUGUUGAUGGCACUGCGCACCGGGAGGACUUGGUUUGGGCAGGUCUUGCGCAGGGUCUUUCGGCUGCAGGGCUCCUGGUCCAGGCGAUCGAGCAGUCUGUUGUGUCUCUCCGCAAACCAGGAGCAGGAUCUGGGGGUCUGUCACCGGGAUCACCACAAGGCGGGGGAUUUCCACCGCUGCUCCGACUCCGGCGUCCGCCGCGGCCACCUUCAUCGGAGCGCACCUUUCUGCGCCUCCGCCUCCAGGCGCUGUCCACACGGCUUUCCCCACGCUUGCUGCGCCUUCCCGGGGAAUCCGAGGGGACAUGAGCCCCUCGGUCGCCGGUUCCUGUUGGCCAUGAAGCGGCAAAACGUGCGGACCUUGUCCCUGAUCAUUUGCACGUUUACAUACCUGCUCGUCGGGGCCGCCGUCUUUGACGCCCUGGAGUCCGACUUCGAGAUGCGGGAAAAAGAGCAGCUGGAAGCCGAGGAGAAGCGUCUCCAGGGGAAAUAUAACAUCAGCGAGGAUGAUUACCGCAAACUGGAGACCAUCAUCAUGGAGGCAGAGCCCCACAGAGCCGGGGUGCAGUGGAAAUUCGCAGGGUCAUUUUACUUUGCCAUCACGGUGAUAACCACCAUAGGCUAUGGGCAUGCAGCGCCGGGGACCGACGCAGGAAAGGCCUUUUGCAUGUUUUAUGCUGUCCUGGGAAUCCCUUUGACUCUUGUCAUGUUCCAAAGUCUGGGCGAGAGGAUGAACACUUUUGUCAAGUACCUCCUGAAGCGUAUCAAGAAGUGCUGCGGCAUGAGCAUCAUCGACGUGUCCAUGGAGAACAUGGUGACCGUAGGAUUCUUCUCCUGCGUCGGCACGCUGUGCAUCGGGGCUGCUGCCUUCUCCCACUACGAGGACUGGAGCUUCUUCCAGUCCUAUUAUUACUGCUUCAUCACGUUAACAACUAUAGGCUUUGGGGACUUUGUGGCCCUUCAAAAGAACCGGGCCCUCCAGAAGAAGCCCCUGUAUGUGGCCUUUAGCUUCAUGUAUAUCCUGGUGGGCCUGACCGUCAUCGGGGCCUUCCUCAACCUGGUGGUGCUCCGCUUCCUGACUAUGAACAGCGAAGACGAGCGGCGGGAUGCCGAGGAACGGGCCUCGCUAGCUGGCAACCGGAACAGCAUGAUCAUCCACAUCCAGGACGAAUCACUGCCGCGGGGCCGGCGGCGGCGCGAGCCGUACCGGGCGGAAGUGACUGAUUUGCAGUCAGUCUGCUCCUGUAUGCACUACCACUCGCAUGACUUCGGCAGCUCUGGGGGAGGGAUGGGAGGCCUGGGCUGUGCCUUCUCCCAUCAGAACUCAUUCAGCUCGCAGCUGAAUCCCAAUCAGUACUUUCACUCGGUUUCCUACAGAAUCGAGGAGAUCUCGCCCAGCACCUUGAAAAACAGCUUCUUCCCUUCGCCCAUCAGCUCGGUGUCUCCGGGCCUUCACAGCUUCACAGACAAUCACCAGCUCAUGAGGAGAAGGAAAUCCAUCUAAACCCUAACACACACAGGACAAAUGAGUUUCCAUGUUUUAUACACAAGGUCAUACAUUUCCAAUGCUGCUCCUUAACAGAUCUUAUUUCAGCACUCCCCCCCCCCCUUUUUGGUUGUAUGUAAUAUAAAAAGUAUUCUUGGGAACAGAUGAAGAACACUACGCAGAGCAGCAGGUGUGGACACAAUGGGAUGCAAAGCAUGAAGCAUGGAUGUCUAUUUUUUCAAGAGAUUACUCCAUUUACAAACACUACACAAACUACAAGACCUUGCUUAUUUCAGAUUUACAGUACAAAAUUGAUAUAUUAACUUUGGUUACAUACCAAAUGAUGCACACUUGGGGAAAUGCUAUUUUUCAAAAGGGAGUAUGCUUGUUUCACCUUAACUUGAAGAAACUUUUACCGUUAUGUACUAUUCCAUUGCCUCACUGCAGACAGAGAUUUUAAAAUGACUUAAAACAUCAGGUAUUGUUUUCUAUAAGCAAUCAUAUAUUUCAUUGGUUUCACCACACAUCAAGCCAAAAUAUUGUUGCCAAUAUUAGCAUGUGCAUUAUAUGUCAUUUAAUGAGUGUGCCAUGGUUUGGUGUCAUUCUUUAGUCUGUUUAUUGAAGGGCGUUUGUUUGUCUUGGAUUCAAAGGAUCAUGCUGCUGUUAUUGAUAAUUCACCCACAUCUACAUUCAGAUCUGGCCACAAAAGCUUUAAUUUCACCCGCAGCCUUUUUCAUAAUGUGAGUUCAAACUGACCUUAAGGAAAAUCCCCCCUCCCCCCUCUGUUAAACAGGUUUUCCAGAUAUUUGUGCAUUUUUCUCCCAUUGACAUUCAUAUUUAUAUAGGGAUAUAGGGAUAACUGCAUUGUAAAAGAGGCAGAGAAACCAGUUUCUUCAUUGCAGUCGCAGAUUGCAAUGCAGCUAAAGAUAUGUAACAAAGGGGUCAUCCAGCGAUUUAGUAUUCCAUAAAGUUGGGGGACAUACAAGAGAUAGAUAAAAAAAAAAAGAGAUAUCCUGACUUUUAGUCUCCAGUAUGGAUCAAGCUGUAAAAACACUGGAUCCUACAAAUCCCAUGAUUCAACUGAGAGCAGAACGGUUUACAGUGACAGAAAAGCAUGCAGAUCUAAACUGACAACUCUUGAGGUUUGGAUGCACUUUGGAGCCAUUAGGGCAACACAAACUGAUAAACGCAUCAACAUGGAAACGAGCAGAAAUAGUGAGUAUGAGUUAAUGUGAGGGGACAGCUGAAGAUCACAGAGAAGAAAAACUUAAUAACAUCAGUAUGAUCUUUUCAGUUUCUGUAAAAUAUCAGAAGAAGAAAUGGGAGAGGGAUGAUGUUUUAUGUUUUAAAGAUCUGAUAAGUGCAUGAACUUUGUAUGAUGAAUGGGGAAAUAAUUUCAAAAUAACUUUAAAAGUAUCUUAAUGGCAAAUAGAUUUAAGAAUGAUUUUAACAUAAGCUGCUUCUUUUACCAAAGUCCAGCAGUUCUUAAAGGGAUACACUUUAUUUACUUGAUUUCUAAUUUUUCAUUCAAACAAACAAAUUGACAAAACAUUGUACAAACAUUGUACAAUAAUGUUUGAUCUCGGGUUUGAAUGAAUCACCUCUUUUUUUUGUUUUCUCCCAUAACAAACACGAUCCCAAUAGUGCAAGGGCAUCUGCCAAACAAUACAAUGAACAAUCCUCAUUUCCAAGUAGUAGGAAGAGAAAUGCGACUGGGAUGCAUCAUCUCACUGAGGCCUGUGUCUGAUGCAGUUGUGUACACCAGGAGUCAGUCUGCAUUAUAGGCAUCAUUUGUGAGAGCCACAGGGCUGGAAAAUAUUUGAGCAAUUCUGGACAUUUAUGUUGAUUUGAGGCCUGUUUUAAUGCCCAGUGCGCCUUUUCUGUCACAGCUGGCCCAAUGCUAGCUGUCAAAGACAACAUUUUCACUGAGCUCCUAAAUUAAGCAGGAUUAAUGUGCUAAACAUGAUUUCUAAAUGCUUUUUAAGCUGUAAAUGUAUAUUUAAGUGUGUAUUGUUUGUAAAGGCUGGAGCAAAUGGGUUUUUAAAGUUACAAUACACAGAGCUAGGAGCUAUUUUAUUCCCUUGGCAAGUUCUAUUCUUCAAAAUCACUCACUAGUUCUGGAAACCAACAAUUCGUACACAAAAUUUCUGGACCUUGACUUUUAGAAAGCGUUACCUUCAGUAUUCUUUGCAGCCUAGUGUUUUACAGGCUUCCAUUAAUUUCCUGGGUAGCUGAGCAUGUCUCAUAAGGUGAAUGCCACUCUGUUUGGGCAAAUGGUAAAUUGCCAUGGACCCUAUUCAGGCGUGACAAACAUAACCAGGCGUGGAGUCCGAGAUAAGCCCUAAAGCAUAGUUUCAUUAUUGGAACUAUACUGGCUUAUCUAAAUAUCCUGUACAAUAUGUUUAUAACAACCUUUGGAAUAAAAAGGCCUUUUCAUGGCUGAGAUGCAUAUGUAUUUUUACACAUUAGCAUAUGUGCCUUGAAGAAACAGCAGUCAGUGUUUCUGUAGAAAUGGGCACAUUUAAAUAUGGUGGCUGCGGAUCUGUUUGUGCUUUAGCAAACCUACUGGAAGAUUAUGGAGGCUUUGGGGCUAAUAAUAGCACUGAUGUGGUUAAUGUAUAGACAGAUCUAAGUCCUGACAAACAAGUUCAUAUGAGGAGAUGAAAAUCCACAUCUGAUCUUAUAUACACGUACCUUCUAUAACCAUGUCCACACUCAGCGCUAAAGCAGAGUGAAUCACUCCCUUACUUUUAAAAGAGAUGCAAGAGGCACAAGAGACAUAAGCAGGAAGAUGAUUAGACAAGUUUAAAUUAAUGCAUGCGAUAUUCCAUCAGCAAAUCCCAUUAAAAGACCAAAAGCAACAAUGAAUUUAUCCUGCUAACAAGUAUUCCCUGUUUAGCCAAAGCUUGAUAGAUCUUAUUCCUGUGUGCCACAGAGCUCCAUCGUCCAAAACUAUUAAAAACACAUCAGCGAGCCACACUGACUGACAUGUUCCAUUAUUAAGAUGAACAUGGGCACUGUAGUUUUUUUUGAGUUUAUCCCACAUGUACAGUCCUGCUGCUGUAAAAACUCGCUAGAGCACCACAUGUAUUACUCCCCCCCGUCUGAAAAUAGUCCCCAACAAAUGCACUUUUUUCUUCUGUUUGAGAAACAUUUGCUAAAAACUGUACUGCCCAGCUGUUGUAGGAAAUGCCUACCUGUUUUUAAAGCUGCAUUAAUACAUUUAUUUGACCACUUGGGGGCAGCAGAACAAAGUGAAAACACAACAUUGACAUAUUAAACUGUAUAGUUUACAUUUUACAUUUUAUUUGGAGACCUGAUGAAUGUAAGCCCAAUAUUCACUCCCCUACUAGCUCUGUUUUGGUCUCUACCAAAUCCUGAGACAAAAUAUCUGGCUCCUUAGCUCUCUAGUUUCUUCGCUAUGACUAUGUUCUAGUCGCUAACUUGGUCAGCCUGAUGUUUGGAGCUGGACAGGCAGCAGACAGUGGGUUUAUCUGAGCUUUUUCCACAGGAAGCAGCUGCCUGCUGCGUCUGGAAACAAGGUUGUUGAGAGUGGGCCGGAAAACCAAAACAUUUACCCAGAACAGACUAAAAAACUUCAUAGAGCUAAGUGGAACUGGAGAGUUGGGCGAUAACUCUCCGUGGGUACAUCACUACGAGCGAUCCCUUUCACAUUACACACACAUUUUAUCCAUUGAUCAUAUAAAAAUAUUGAUUAGUGCAGCUUUAAAGAUUUACAUCUUCGGUAGGAACAAAUGGACUUUGGGCUGAGUGUCACAAACAGGGUUGGAAAGUCAGAAAGUAUUGAGAGAUGGCCUAGCAAAUUGUUGGUUUUGGUCUUUUCAUAGGAUUAUUUUGACAAAAAGAAAAAUAUAAUAAUGUAAGCCUUGUCCUUUGAACAAAGCCCCAGGUUAGUCAAACU